CGGCUGGUGGCAGCAACAGCACAAAUCCCCCCGCGGAGUUGGCCUCGACAAAAGAAGAGCCGGCUAGUGGUAGCAACUACAGCGCAAACCCACCCGCGGAGUUGGCCUGGGCGAAAGAUGAAGAGCCCGCUGGUGGCGAUGAAAGCAGAACACGUGGCGGAGCAACAGCAACCCCCUAUGCAUUGCAAAUAUGUCUGAGUCUGGAAGUGUAUGAUUUGGCACGUAACAAGCCUAGAUCGUGUAUUACUUCUUGAAAAUCUGUACUCGCAUGAUUACCAAAACAAGUUGUCUACGUUUCAACGAAUUGAGAUGAGGUCUGUCAUCCAGGAUAAGCCUGAUGGAGAUUUCACAGACUGUCAUGCUAGAUCCUGCAUUCCAGACCUCAGGGCUCAUGGGAAAUCUGCUUGGCAAGUCUUGUAACUUUCCAGACCCAGACAUAUUUGAACUGGAUACGUCGAAAAAUAAUACAGAAGAAACUGAUGGCGCUUCAUCUGGCGGUAUUAACAAUCCCGAGAUGGAGGUGACGAACGUGAACGAGGAGCCAAAUUCUGCCUUCGGCGGCAGAACCCGUGUGGCGGUACCCAGCGAUCCCGAGGUGGACAGCGACGGCACCGGAUCAACGACAAGCUGGCACACGUGCACGAGUCCGGUGUUCCUCCACGAAACUGAGAACAUCUGCAGCAGCCCAGUGUUCGCCAGCAAACCAAAAGUGCCUGCGAAGCCUCCGCCGCCGACGGGAACACCGAGCGCGAGGGUGGGUUCGGUGAAGCCGCCACUUCCACCGACGCGGUCGCAAGUGAAACUCCUGGAACAAAGGAAGAAAAGGGUACAGUUUAUUUGGCUACAGACGCAUCUUCAUGUGUGAAAGGAGAUGUUGUGCGACAGUUUCUUCUGAGAAUUGGACGCGCUGUCAACAUGCGUAAGCGUUGAUAGCUCUUUGAAACGAUGUAUGAGAAGUGGGAGUAAUGUAAACUACAACCCAAAAAAAAUACAAAUCACAGCACCAGCGGGCGGUUGCGGCAGCAGCGCUGCGGGGAGCGAUGUCUGCGGAGGAGGCCCAGGCGUUCAUCCGCGAGAAUUACGCGAUGAUUGUGCUGCGAAACUGGGCGCGGCGGUGCGUACAGGAGAAGCGGGAAAAGGUGGAGAUGUUGCGGAAGCAGUUGGAGACCCAGACGAAGCCGGAGACUAUGCAAAGAAAAACUGGUCGCACAGAGUCCAAGUCCUUGACAAGUUUGGUUAUGACUCUCUCAUGCGUAUGCCACGCCCUGGCUGGUGGAGAAGCCCACUCAGAGGCACUUCGGCCCCCUUUGUACUUAGAAAAAAGAUGCACAACGAGUGUAGAUCAACCCCCGUGAUGAAAUUAUAGGCCGAAAACAUCUAUCACGGAGGCGCAGGACAGCCGUGUUGGACUUGUUUGCGCCAGGUUUUUCUUUGAUAGCACCCUGCUGUGGGCCGAAGUACCGCCAUCACGCGGCUGACAGAGCGCUGGAGGAACUGCAGAAGAAACCGCUGUACUCCUUCUCAGAGUGGUACUCCAACAGGUCGCCCUAUCAACUGCAACUGCAGACCACAUGUCGCGGCUCUGGAAAGUGCAUCUGUAAUGCAUGGCUUGUUGCAUGGUGAAGGUGAUCGUGAUACUGACAUUUCAUACGACGUAGCUACUUUUUCAGCAUUUUUUAGAAUUUGUAUUGCAUACUUACUUCCACGAGCCGAGACAACGAAACAGUACCUGUUUGUCAUGCAAAUGCACAGAUUGUGAUUGUCAUGCAUUGUUGAGAGCGCACGACCCCUUACCCGCACAACAUUUUUUGCAAGUGAUAGGUCUGUCAAGAGACGUGGUUCCCGUAGUGGCGAGCGCAGGACGAGGCAAGCCCGUAACCCGAUGCACGAAACUGGAGUCAGUGUCGGGGAGGUCGCGAACGCGGGGAGGCUCGCAAGGACCAUGUAGCGGACAAGAGGAGAACAAGGUGGAGAAGAGGUGGGGAUGAACAGCAGUAUUGUGUAUGAUUCCGACAGACCAGAAUAUCAUUGCAACUUUAUAAAGUAACCGAUACUGGAAUAUAUUUAUCGAAAGUACAACCAGGCGCAACGAGAUGAAGAUUAAGAUAAAUUUUCCCAAAUGUAAAUUAAUCAAAUUUAACAAAAUGCCAAUGAAGGCCGAACUACAAUGAUGGUUCUUUCAAAGUCGCGCCUCACUCGUGAAUUACAGAGCAAACUUGACUUUCUAAGGUGCGCUCCCCAAUGAGUACACCUGAAACCAAACUAGAACAGACUACAAAAUAUUUAUAUGUGGAGCAAAACUCUGCCAGGAAGAUGAAUGUACAGACCGAUAUUUGAUACUGGACCAACAAUAGUACCCAAGCAAGUAAAAACGCUGCGCUUCACAACUGCCGCCGACACUGGUGUCCGGAUUACCGAAACGAUGUAGUCGCGGAACGAUGAAAAUUUUGACUUUUGGUUUUUGUACAGCUGUAGUAAAAAAAAAAUUAUUAACUCGAAACGCCGCAAUCUGUGCCGCGUCUCCCGUGGAAGCAGUCGGAUCCUGCGCGGUUUUUUGUACGUGAGCUUUGAACUAGUACCUCUACUUCUUUGGUCUCGCCUGAGAUUAUAACUCGCUUUUGCUGCUCGUUUAGAAAGACUGUUGCGAAGCAGUCCAAACGAGAAAUAGAAGGACGAACUGGAGCAGAGCAACCGCUUUCCUUUUAUGCACAACCACCUGAAAUCGCGUGUAGUUGUCUGGAUGAAGGACAGAGCUGCAAAGGCGCUCUUUUACUCGUCUUGUUACUACGCCACGGCUGGCUAGGUGCAGGAUGAGAAAGGAGGGAGAAAACAGACAUGCAGUUGAUCUUGACUUUGAUGUUGAACUUGAGGACAGUUUCAGUUAAUAUGCGCAU